UCCACGGGAGUCCCGACCCGGCUGUCAGGCACCAGGAAGCCCCGCCCCCAGUCGGGCGCUCCUCCUCGUCCCAGAGGAACGCUCGACCCUGACCCCGACCCUCGGCCGGCGGCCACCAGAACCGCCGAGCGUCCUGAGGACUGCAGCCUCCACCCGGGCGAAGGAGAGCGCCAUGGCGGCGACCAAGCCCGAGAACCUCUCCCUGGUGGUGCACGGACCCGGGGACCUGCGCCUGGAGAACUAUCCCACCCCUGAACCAGGCCCAAAUGAGGUGCUGCUGAAGAUGCAUUCCGUUGGGAUCUGCGGCUCAGAUGUCCACUACUGGCAGCAUGGUCGCAUAGGGAAUUUUGUUGUGAAAAAGCCCAUGGUGCUGGGGCACGAAGCUUCAGGAACAGUUAUAAAAGUGGGAUCACUGGUAAAGCACCUAAGAUCAGGUGAUCGUGUUGCCAUCGAGCCUGGUGUCCCCCAAGAAACUGAUGAAUUCUGCAAGAUUGGCCGAUACAACCUGUCACCAUCCAUCUUCUUCUGUGCCACACCCCCUGAUGAUGGGAACCUCUGCCGGUUUUAUAAGCACAAUGCCAACUUCUGCUACAAGCUUCCUGACAAUGUCACCUUUGAGGAAGGGGCCCUGAUUGAGCCGCUGUCUGUGGGGAUCCAUGCCUGCCAGCGAGCUGGAAUUACCCUGGGGAGCAAGGUGUUAGUGUGUGGAGCUGGGCCGAUUGGACUAGUCAGUUUGCUCGUGGCCAAGGCGAUGGGUGCGGCCCAAGUGGUAGUGACUGAUCUGUCUGCCUCUCGGUUGUCUAAAGCCAAGGAAGUCGGGGCUGACCUUGUCCUCCAGAUCUCCAAGGAGACCCCUCAGGAAAUAGCCAGCCAAGUGGAAGGUCUGCUGCGGUGCAAGCCCGAAGUCACCAUCGAGUGCACAGGGGCAGAGAGUGCCAUCCAGGCGGGCAUCUAUGCCACUCGUUCUGGUGGGACCCUAGUGCUCGUGGGGCUGGGCUCUGAGAUGACCAGUGUACCCCUAGUGCACGCAGCCACCCGGGAGGUUGAUAUCAAGGGCGUGUUUCGAUACUGUAACACGUGGCCGAUGGCGAUUUCAAUGCUUGCGUCCAAGUCUGUGAAUGUCAAGCCCUUAGUCACCCAUAGAUUUCCUCUGGAGAAAGCUCUGGAGGCCUUUGAAACAUCCAAAAAGGGAUUGGGAUUGAAAGUCAUGCUCAAAUGUGACCCCAAUGACCAGAAUCCCUGAUGUUAAUUGGGUUCUGCCCUCAUCCCCACCCUUUCAACAUUUCAGAGCUGAAUUGUUGGGCCGGGAUGGGCUUUGAUGCAGAAGUUUCUUUUGAGUAGUACGAAUAAUUAAAAUAAUUCAUUGUAAGCAGAGAGCCUUACACAAAAGAGUUGGUGUGCCUUAAAAAACAAAAGUAGAGGUAGUUUUGGGGAAAUUAUAGACAGGAUGACUGGUUCAUGCAGAGCAGAGUUCAGCCAGUGGAGCAAAGAUUGGCAGGCAGUUGAGGGGAACUCCCCUUCUUCCUGGAUUGAUUGAGAUGAGUAAGGAAAGAAAUCUGCCUGUUGGGUUCCUGGUUCCACCGCUAUUGGGGCCUGGUGGGGGAGAGAGGCUGAGUUAUGAAGAGACAACUUUAUCAAGACUUAACUUAAAUCAACACAGAAGCUGAUUUCCACAAAAAUCUGCAGCUUAGGGUCUGGUGGGAGGGGUUAGCAGGUUUAGUUUAGAGUGCUGUGUUUCUAGACCUAAGUGCUCUUUGGUUUAACGACCAAGGAGAACAAAGGACUGACCUUCCCGAGUCUAAGGUAAUUUUAAAACCGAACAAACAAAGAAAACCAAAAUCCCACAUGAGGUCAAACCAGCUUGCAUUCCCCAAAGGCAGAAAUAGUCCAGGAACAUCUCACAGUGCUUGAAGGUUUCGAACUCCUGGGAGAUCAGUAUAACUUACUCUGCAAGGUGAAGGACCACCUCCCCACCACUGACCAUGCCCACCCUUCCUUCCCCACAUUCAGGGGCAGCCACUGCAGGUUCCGUUGUCAUGAGGCUGCCAGGAGGCCCUGCUGCAGACAGUCCCAGGAGUCCUUGUGGAGUCUCGGAGUGCACCUCUGACUCUCCCAGGAGGUUUGGCAGUGUGGUUGCCUUCCCCACACCACAGGAUCAGCCUCCCCUUCUUUGCUCAAACUUGCUAAUGGUUUAACAAUUCCAUUUAAUACUGGUAAUUAUCGGCAGACAAACCUUUCCCCUUCUCAUAGCCAGUUAAAGUUCUUGCUGUCUAUCUGUUUGAAUGAUAGCUCUGACCUUUUUAAUUUUAAUCAUGGGGUUUUUUUCCCUUAUAAGAUUUGGAUCCAAAUCACUUUAUGUCCAUUUAUGACUUUGAGGUUACUAAUCAAGAAUGAGGAUAUAGCAGCUGUGACAUAACUUGGGCUACAGCCUUUAAUCCCUCACUUCAGCUGGGGGUGGAGAAUGAGUUGAAGAGGUUCUGGUUUUCUUGUGACUGGGGAAGGCUGUGAACAAUUCCUGGAAUUCCCCGAACUGCUUUGGGUAGAAUUCUGGCUGUAGUGCCUGACUGCUAACUCAUUUGUGCCCUUGUUUAGGGAGGAAUGGACUUAGGUUAUCCAUUUCACUAAGGGAAUGACCCAGGAUU